ACAGUAUUCUGUCAGUUGCAGUUGACCACGCCAGUUGUCACCAUCUGGAUGAGAGUUCCUCCGGAUGAGAGUCGGUCUCGUUUAUGUUGGAACAAGAUACUUUCUGAGGGAGAGUGAGUGAUAAGACCUAGUGUGCGAGGUGUGGCCUGGCUAGGCCCCGCCUUGUAUAAGAUCUCGUCGCACCUCGAGCCUGGAACGAGUUCACGACCUCGAACUUCACAAUGAUCGGCUUCACGUUCUUGUGUCUUCUCUCAUCGAACCUUUUGAACUUGUUCCAAAAGGAUGGCAGUACCUUCGGGUUCGCCGCCGUGCCGAACGGCGCAGAGUUCGACAACUCGAUCGACGCUGGCCCCGAACCUCAUCUAGAGAAACCCGAAGUCAGCGAUAUCAGAAACUUGAUACGGGCAUACAACAACGAUAAACGACCCGUUUGUCCGUGUGGUCUCAUUGGACAUACGCGCCAUAAACGCGUUAUAGGAGGAUCACCAGCCGAUAUUCAUGCAUAUCCAUUCGCCGUCAGCUUGCGGAAAACCUUGAGCAAUGGCGCGCCUUACCCAUAUUGUGGAGGGACGAUUCUGACGGAGAGACACAUUGUGACCGCGAGUCACUGUUUACUGAACAAAUUACCAGGAGAUCUCAGUGUCGAAGUCGGUCGGACCAACAUAUCCGGUAUCGAGACCCGGGCGGAUCCGUUCAUCCGCAGAGUUGUCAGAAUCGAGCGUCACGCUUUCUACGAUCAGCCAACGUAUAACAGCGACAUCGCAGUGCUCACUCUCGACAGACCGCUGCAGUUCGGUACUACGAUAAAUCCAGCUUGCAUUCCGCCGUACGGAAGCGACGUUCUCGACGGCACACCUGGACAGGUGGUCGGAUGGGGCCGUUUAGCCUACAAGGGUAAGAAAUCAGAAACGCUACAAAACGUCACUCUGCCGAUCGUGUCCAGAACUCAGUGUCAAAAACCCUUGAAACAUCGGGUAUCCACGAACAUGAUCUGCGCGGGAGGACUCGAAGAACGUGACGCAUGCGUGGGUGACUCCGGGGGACCUCUGGUUGUCAAGUCUCGGAAUACGGCACUCCUCAUCGGAGUUGUGUCUUUCGGGAAGAAGUGCGGUCUUCCGAAUGUAUAUGGAGUUUAUACCAGAGUUGGCUUAUAUGUUAGGUUCCUGUACGAGAAGACCUUAGAUUCGAAUUGUAAACCCGGGAUUAUGUCGAUGAGAGAUUACCGGUCGGUGGGGGACACGAAUGCUUGGGUGCAGUACAGCGUGAACCGGAGACCUCUGUGAUUUUUGAUAGGGCUGGAAGCCGCUCUGAAUCAAUUGCCGUCCAUCAGUUUUUGUUAUACAGUAAUAAACCGAGAUGACGAAA